AGCUUUAACUGCUAGCUGCACAUAUUCUUUAGACAGAGGUUUAUUAAUAAACUUGGUCAAAUUCUCCAAAUUAUACUAAACAAGAUGAAAUCCGCUGUUGCCUGUAUUGCCUUUGCCUUGGCGGUACCAGCUGUGUAUUCAACGUUCCUUUCUGCGGGAACCAUUGGAUCCGGUUUUGCAUUUCCGUUCAUUACUCUGGGAGGGUCUACAGCGGCGACCGGAACUACAGCCGCUUCCGGUCUAGCUAUCACAGGCCUAACAGCAGCAUCAGCUACUCUAGCAGGAUUCGGAGGACUACUGCUGGUUGUCAAGGCCGGAGGAAUUUUGGGAGGACUUGCUGCACUUAAAGUUCGAGGAGCUCUUAACAACAGAAACAACGGAAACAGCAGGAACCACAGUUAUAGGAGACGUGGGAAACGCUCUGUAGAAUCUGAAGAACAGGUUGGUGAAGCGUUUAUUUUUGAUGCUAUUGCAUCAAUGGAUAACCUAGACUGUGGUAAGAGAUAUCUCUGUGAGCUUGCUGCAACUCCAUUACCUGAUUUGACAGAAGAAGAACUUUCUUCAUUAAUGCUGUUUCAGUCUGCUCCUGGACCAGUAAACAGUGGUAAGGCCCUUUUUGAAGAGGCAGUACGGCUUGGAGCAAUCAGCAGAAAUCAGCAAUCCUGCCAAAUUAGAUAUAAGAAAUGUGAAACUGUGUCAGCCCCCGACUUCACAGCAUUUUCUAGCAAUCAAUUAUAAUUCUGUUCAUCUUGUAUAUUUUAUAAAUAAAUUUAUUCAAACUUC